GGGGAACAAGGGGUAACAAGAGGAAAGAGGGGGAACAAGGGGGAACAACGGGUAACAAGGUGUUACAAAGGUAAAAAGGGAAACAAGGGGUAACAAGGGAAAAAACGGGCAACAAGGGUAAAAAGGGGUAACAAGGGUAACAAGGGGCAACAAGGGUAACAAGGAGGAACAAAGGGUAACAAGGGUAAUCAGGGGUAACAAUGGGGAAGAAGGGUAACAAGGAGUAACAAGGGAUACCAAGGGUAACAAGGGGUAACAAAAGGUAAAAAGGGAUUACAAGGGUAACAAGGGGUAACAAGAGUCAACAAGGAUAACAAGGGGGAAAGAGAGGUAACAAGGGUAAGAAGGGGUAACAAAGGGGUAACAAGAGUAACAAGGGGUACCAAGGGUAACAAGGGGUAACAAGGGGUAAAAACGGUAACAAGGGUAACAAGGGGUCCCAAGGAGUAACAAGGGUAACAGGAAGUAACAAGAGCAACAAAGGGAAACAAGGGGUAACAAGGGUAAUAAGAGGAACUAGGGGUAACAAGGGGUAACAAGAGGAGAGAGGGGGAACAAGGGGUAAAAAGGGGUUACAAAGGUAAAAAGGGGAACAAGAGUAAAAAGGGGUAACAACGCUAACAACGGGUAACAACGGUAAAAAGGGGUAAAAAGGGUAACAAGAGGAACAAGGGGUAACAAGGGUAACAAGGAGGAACAAAGGGUAACAAGGAUAACAAGGGGUAACAAGGGUAAUCAGGGGUAA